AUGUCGGAUAUGACCAGCUUCCAUUGGUUGCAUACAAUAGGGCACUAUUUCACUGGUCUAGUAUCUAAUUCUGGUCUUCUUAUUAAGCAUAGAGCUCUUAAGGACUUGUUUGGGGAAAAAGGACCAGACAUUGGCAUUGGAACUUCAAGCCUUCAUGACCAUUUAUUAAUCUCCCUUUGCAAGGAAGCAUAUGUGAUCAACAAAGAAGACAGCAAAAUCGGUGCAAAUUCAGUAAUGCCAAGAGAGAAGUAUCCAAAGCCCUUAGUCUUCCAUGAUGGGAGGCUGGCUUUUUUACCCACUCCCUUUGCAACUUUGGUCAUGUUCAUGUGGAUUCCUAUUGGAUUUGUGCUGGCAAUCUUCAGACUUUUUGUGGGAAUUUGUUUACCUUACAAAAUGGCCAUUUUCUUAGGCACUUCAAGUGGUGUAAACCUCAGAAUCAAAGGCUGUGCACCCUUAAAAUCCCAAAAUGGUAAAGGUGUACUCUAUGUUUGCACCCAUAGAACCCUCUUGGACCCAGUUUUCCUCAGCACAUCCCUAGGAAAACCCUUAACUGCAGUAACCUACAGCCUAAGUCAAAUGUCUGAAAUCAUAGCGCCUAUAAAAACAGUCAGAUUAACAAGAGAUAGAAAACAAGAUGGUGAGACAAUGCAGAAAUUACUGAGUGAAGGUGAUUUAGUGGUCUGUCCAGAAGGAACCACCUGCAGAGAGCCAUAUUUGUUGAGAUUUAGCUCACUUUUUGCUGAAUUAGCUGAUGAAAUUGUGCCCGUUGCCAUUAACACAAAUGUGACCAUGUUUUAUGGGACUACUGCAAGUGGGCUCAAGUGUUUGGACCCAAUUUUCUUCUUGAUGAACCCCAGACCAACUUACAGAGUUCAGAUUCUUGGGAUGGUGCCCAAAGAACUAACUUGUGCUGGAGGUAAAUCUAGCCAUGAGGUGGCUAAUUAUAUACAGAGACAACUGGCUCAUGCAUUGGGUUUUGAAUGCACAACUCUUACAAGAAGGGAUAAGUACAUGAUGCUAGCAGGGAAUGAAGGUGUAAUCCAAGAUAAUAGAAAACAACCCUAGAUUUGCAUUAAUUUUUAGCAUUUUCUAUCUUUUUUAUUCUUAUUUUAGUCAUUGUAUAUUUUUUUGUGAAAUAUAUGAUUUAUUUAUCCCUAUAUAAAUAAAUUUUAUGUUAGAUCUCACCUUUGUAUGGGGCAUGUAUUUGGAUGAUAUUAAUGAGGAUAUUUUGAUCAUCAUUU